AUGGCCGCGACGCCCCGACCCCCGGCUGGCGGGAGUGUUGCUUCUCCAACUGCGGGCAGAGACGCCACGAGGCCAACACCUGGAGCGAAUAUCAAGUAUCAGGAGCGAGCAGGAGCGAGUAUCCAGUACCCGGAGCGAGUAUCCAGUACCCGGAGCGAGUAUCCAGUACCCGGAGCGAGUAUCCAGUACCCGGAGCGAGUAUCCAGUACCCGGAGCGAGUAUCCAGUACCCGGAGCGAGUAUCCAGUACCCGGAGCGAGUAUCCAGUACCCGGAGCGAGUAUCCAGUACCCGGAGCGAGUAUCCAGUACCCGGAGCGAGUAUCCAGUACCCGGAGCGAGUAUCCAGUACCCGGAGCGAGUAUCCAGUACCCGGAGCGAGUAUCCAGUACCCGGAGCGAGUAUCCAGUACCCGGAGCGAGUAUCCAGUACCCGGAGCGAGUAUCCAGUACCCGGAGCGAGUAUCCAGUACCCGGAGCGAGUAUCCAGUACCCGGAGCGAGUAUCCAGUACCCGGAGCGAGUAUCCAGUACCCGGAGCGAGUAUCCAGUACCCGGAGCGAGUAUCCAGUACCCGGAGCGAGUAUCCAGUACCCGGAGCGAGUAUCCAGUGCCCGGAGCGAGAGUAUCCAGUGCCCGGAGCGAGAGUAUCCAGUACCCGGAGCGAGAGUAUCCAGUACCCGGAGCGAGAGUAUCCAGUACCCGGAGCGAGUAUCCAGUACCCGGAGCGAGUAUCAAGAGACUCGGGAGAUAUUGGCACAGCUUCACCAUGGUUAUGUGUGAUCCGCAACUCAAGCCGGAAUGUGAGUCAAGUUGGUAGGGCCAAGCUGAGUCCAAUACCCGGCCCUACCAACGACACCAGAGGGCUCCGACUUGGCCACACUCAGCCUCCCUGGGAGAUGAGUUACCUGGGAGAUGAGAUCACAGAUAACCCCCGAU